CUAUAACAUGCCAUUGGUACGUGGCUUGUUGUUAAGUGUUGGGAUGAGCAUAGGUUAGUAUUUCGACCAAUGGCGAUUCAAGCAAAUACAAGCAUGACACCAGUCCCUGACACUAUUGAUUUUGCAUCGACUGGGGUAAGAUCACAAAAGUUGGAGGAUUUCGUGCGGGGAAACAACAGACAAGACUCGAAAUGGAUUAUGGGGUAACUGGUCCACCGAGCUGUCUAGCAGGCAUGGACCUUGCCUCGAUGUAGGAAUGUGAUAUGAUCGGCGCCAUGCCUUGGGGGAAGCCGCGGCUCGCAACAUUGCGUGUGAAAACUCGCAUGUCUGGGUAUAGUCUGCCAUCGCCGCUGUUGCGUGCGUGCCGUUUCAUGUCUUGAAAGCCGUCGAGGUCUGGGAGCCCGCCGACUUCUCGAGUGUCAUCACCAUUCCCAUCAUUCUCGGUGUGUCUGAAUAGAUCGCAAAGAUGGCCUCGGCUUUUCGAGAGGACAGAUCCCAUUUUGAGCCAGAUACUCCUCGGACUUCUGUGCAUGGCGGCAGAGGAGAUACUGGGCCAGCCACAACUGACGCAACAGCAAUCACCGGCGGGUCAGAUGAUGUUUCCUCGAUAGACCAUGUCCAAGAGAAGACGCCAGCGGUGGUCCCUCUGACCAAGAAACAGAAGUUGAAGCGUCAUUGUGGACGGUUUAAGUGGUGGUAUCUUGCGGCGGCUAUCAUUCUGCUGGCAAUUCUCUUACCAAUACUGUUUUUGGUGAUAUUGCCAGCUAUAGUUCAGCGUAUCGUCAACAAUCAGUCACUCCCAGUGAAUGGCGGCGCCUUUCUGGCCUUGUCGCCAACAGAGAUGAUGGUGUCAUUGGAUACAUCGUUGGAUACACCUCUACCAGCAAGCCUUGAUCCCACAACACUGUUUCUAUACAAUCAUGAAACUAUUGAUUUCUCGCCCUUCCUGAACGUCACUUUGCCAGCAGUGCAUAUCAACGGUAACACGGAUGUUACGGUGGUGAACCAAACAGUUACCAUCACCAACCAGACCGAGCUCGAGUACUGGUUCAACAAUAUUUUCGAUGACGCAACGACCGAUCUCUCUGUGCGUGGUGACAGUACGGUACGUUUGGGCGCACUACACUCAAACGCGCACAUCGACAAGACCCUCGAGGUCUCGUCCCUCAAUCAGCUCAACGGCUUCGGAAUCCAAGACCUGUCCCUGAUCGUGCCCGCGCUGGAGGACGGCACCAACGUCCAGGGGACGCUGAACCUGCCCAACUGGGGGGCGCUGACGCUCGGCCUCGGCAACGUCUCGUUCAACCUGUUCUCGGGCGACGUGAGGAUCGGGUUGAUCACCAUCUACGAGGUCGUGAUCCCGCCCGGGAACAACACGCGGGACUUCUCCGGCGAGCUGUUCCUGCACGACCUGAUGCAGAACUUUGGGAAGGUCCUGGACGCGCAGACCGAGGCGCUGAACAACGGCCAGGUCCAGAUCGACGCCGUGGGCAACGCCACCAUCGUGAACGGCCAGCAUAUCCCCUUCAUCGAGCAUAUCCUCAACAACAAGCGCGUGAAGUCUUAUGUGUCUGUCAUCAAACUCGCGAGCGACCUCAUCAACAGCCUUACCGGUGGCGGCAAUGCGACAAUAGUGGACGUGCUUGGCGAGGUUGUGGGUAACAACACCCUCAUCGAGCAAGCUUUGUCCCACUGGAACUCGACGGGCACUGCAGCAACACCCAAAAUGAAGAGACUGGGAUCUGUAGGCUUCAAUGCGCCAAGAGCUUUGAGCCUGCUGAAAUUGGGCAUGAAGAUGACCGGCAGGUUCUGAGUGCGAUGAGCUACCCUACAUUAUGUGAUAGGUGAUGAUCUCAAAGAAGCACUGCAAAACCCUUGAAGCAAUGGAGGAGU